CACAUAAAUGUGAUUUGACGUCGGUUCGCCUUUCGAGGGGCACUGUGAUUGUCAGAUGUGUGACCGGCGACGGUUCGACUGCCGGUUUCGAGGGAUAAGACCCACUUAUGUCUCUCUGACUCCCGGUUGUUCAUGACCGGCUAAUCCCGGUUGCACUGGAGUAUAAAUACCCUUCCCAUCUGUAUCUCUCAGUAUCUCUAAUUCUUGUUUUGAACUUUUCUUCCUCCUUUCCUUUGAACUCGUAUUUCUAUCUUGGAAGUUCAUCCUAAACUUGUCUUUCUGCACCAUGUCUGAAGCAAGGGAACUCCCAGCAGUGGUCGUCUCGGAGUCUGAGGAAGAGGAAUUACUAUCCGAGGACGAGGUGGUGCCCGAGCAAGGGGAACGUCAGAUGCCCCUCGUGCCUCUCGACCGCCGAGGAGUCUCAAAGGUUGGUACUGGGGAUGAAUUUCGCCUCCGGAACAAUUAUGAUAUUCCCCCCUCCGUUCUGUUACAUUUCCAAAAUCCUGUUACCCGGGAGAUUCGUGGGGGCGAUCUCGUUAUUUACGAGAAAAUGCUUUUAGCGGGGCUGCGAUUUCCUUUACCGGACAUCGCCCGGGAAUUGGUACUAUUUCUUGGGGUAUCCCCGAGCCAGCUUACACCGAACGCGUGGAGAUAUCUCUUCGCCUCUUUCAUUCUGUGGCGAACAGUGCUGGGGGCUCGGAUGACAAUUCCGGAGUUCUUCAACAUCUACCGGGCGGCAUAUAAAAGGGAGGGUGUUGUUGAGUUUACUGUUAGGAACAACCCUAUCUUUAUAUACCUUUCUCAAAGUUAUUCCAACAACCGAGGUUGGAGGUCAUAUUUUUUCCGAGUCUCAGGAGAUUGGGAGUCGGUAGUGCCCUUACCGUCCGAUCAAAGAGUAUCAAGAGUCUGGAACCCUAUCCAGGUUGACCUACGGGAAGCUCCUGUCUUGAAUGCAACCGGUAAGAGAAGGGUGGCCGCAAUGCUGUUGUUCUCUCAGACUCCGGGGAACGAUGUGAAGAUAGACUAUGACAAUAUAGUCACCGACGAAAAUAUGCGGAAGGUUCUUGGGUAUCAGAUCCCUACCGAGAAGGUUUGGUAUGAUCGGAAAGGAAAACAAAAGCCGAAGAGAUCCGAGGGUGGAGCGGCCGGCACUCCACAACUGAAGGCAUUGAAGGCGGCUCCAGGGACUAAGAGGGUCGUCAAACAAAAGAAGACUGGCAAGGCGACCCUCCCUCCGAGGGCUGUAAGUAAGGCGACCCAAGUUCCGAGGACGGCAAUUGUACCUCGGGAUGGCCCUACCCCAAAUUUCUCUGCUCCUGCUACCGAUCUCGGGGGUGACUUGACUAGAGCUCCUGAGACUAUGAUCCCGGCUACCUCUUCAUCAGCCGUUAUUAAUACUGUUGAAGUUGAAAAUCCAGAGGAAGCGUCUGGUAAGGAGACAGUGGUUGCUCAUGCGCUCGAUAUAGUAGAAAUCGGGGACGAUCCUGAGGAGUUGGAGCAAGAUGCUUCUGAGGUUCGGAAUGCACCUAAACGCAAAGGGAAAGAAGUGGCAUCCGAGUCGACGAAGAGGACCCGAUUUGCCUCGGAUCCUUUACAAUAUGCGCUUACGCGGUCCACUGAAGCCGAGCUUCUUUUUGGUCGGCCGCGUUUUGUAUUGCCCACUUUGCCAGCUACCCGGGAAGAACCGAUUAAAGAAUCCGAGACUUUGGAUCGGUCUCCGGCUGAGAGGAUAGAAACUCGCUUGGAAUCUGAUGCUGGUCUAGCCUCCGAGGAUCACUUACCGGCGAAGCCUGAAACAUUUUUACAGCCCCCGGGUGGACCGGAAUCUGGGGAUCAUGUGGCGGUGGAAUCGGAGGGUCAUCUGGAGACCAGGGAGAUAAACUCGUCCGUGCCGCCUGGACAGUGUUUGGAUCGGGUUGAAGUUGCGGAGUCCUAUGGACCCGAGACUUGUGAGGACCAACCGGAGAUUCGAAAUCCUUCUCCGGGAUUUAUGGAAGCUGAGACUUCCAGUCAUGGAGCAUUAAUCGGUUCUCUGAAGGAAGGCCUACUGGCUUGCCCCUUAGAGACUUUAAUGGGCUUAAUCCCGGAAGGGUCCUUUUCGACGUCCGGGACCGUGUUACCUGGAGAACUUGCAGAGGCGAUGCUUCAUAACCAAUUGCAGUGCGUUAUGAGGUCGGUUGCAUUGUGGCGAGACCACCGGGGUAGUACUGAGGGCCGGGCUGCUCUAGAGGCCAAGGUAGCCGAACUUCAGUCUCGGGUUCAAGAGCUAGAAUUCGAGAUGUCCCGAACCGAGGAUUUGGAGUCUGAGAUAGAGACCUUGAAGCAGGAUAUCGAGACCAAAGAUCAGACAAUAAAGGCUCGGGACAUGGAUCUGGCUCAGGCCCGGAAGCUGGCGGAUACAUCUCGUGCUCAAGCACUUGAAAGCGAGAAAACUCUUGAUAGAGUAUUGAGCAAUCUGACCGAGGCUAACGAAGCCAAAACGGCGCUAUCUUCUCGGGUGACCGACUUGGAGCGAGAGAAGGACUCGCUGGUGGCCGAUAAGCACUCUCUGUCCGAGAAACAGAAAGAGAUUCAUGCUCGGUGUAAGAGGCUUCGGAAGAAGGGCCAUCAUUAUAAGGCCAAGUCCCGGCGUUUCAAGAAGCAACUCGCCCUUGUUCCUUGGCUUCGAGGUCUUAGCUGGGGCCGAGGAUCCAACUGGGGUUUUGAGAGAUUAAGGACCAUGCUUCUUCACCCGGAAGUAUUCAAGGUUGAUCCCGAGACUGUGACUCCUGAGCUCCUUGAAUUACCCGAGACAGCAACCAGGGAGCUACAGACUCUGGGAGUGGAAUUUUUCCCGGAUGUGGAGGACUGGACCGAUGAUGCUCCCAAUCCUUAUCGAGAUGACUUAACCUCGGGACCCUCUGUCUCGGAAUGCACUCCGGGUAGGGAAGAAACCGAGGAACCUGGGGCUGGCGAUGCUGGGGACUCGACAGGGAGCCCACUUGUGUAAUAUAUUUUUUCUUCUUUUAGGCCGGUUGUACUUUCGAAUGAAAACUAAUG